AUGAUUGGCGACGAUUACACGAAUACAGAAAUUUACAGUCUCGAAGAGGUGGUGACUGCACUUCCUAUUAAAGCUGGGACCGACUUUGUUGUUAGUGUUCCUGGUGUUCGUUUCGAGGACAUGGGUUACGACAAGGUUUCUGUAACUGUGUUUGAUGAAAAUGAAGCAAUACUAUGCGUCAACUUCAAACCACCCGAACGCUCUACAGCAUCAGCAGCAGUCUCUGCAUAA